UGCGGGUGUCCGUUAACGAUCUGCGUCUGUCUGCGGAUGUCCGUUAACGGCCUGCGUCUGCCCUUAUAGCGUUGAUGCGUUUGUCCGCGGAUGCCCGUUAAUGGUCUGCGUCUGUCCGGAUGUGCGGUUUGAAUGCCUGUAUUUGCGGCAGCGCGGCACUGUCCUGAUGACUGGAGGUUUGAUGUUCGUCUGUGUUGGAGAGGCUCUACCCCGGAGAUGCUUCACAUCUGUCUGCAUUAGUGGGUGUGACGGGGGAGUGAAGUGCGACCGCGGUGUCGGACGGUUUGUCAUGACCUGGAACGGGACGCACGAGUGCUGGCUCCUUCCUCACAGUAACAAUCUACCAGUCUUCAACCUGGAUUACUAAUUUAGUGUCAGCAACCAAUACAAACCAGGAUUACAACAUUUAUUGCACCGGUGUCUCUAGUUCAGGAUAAUUAACCUUUAAAUUUUUUUUUAUUAUUUUUUAAAAUAAAUCAAGACAGGAUCACUGACAAGUCCAAAGCAGUCAAGCAUUGUGAUAUGACCAAUAGUAGGAUGGUGUUUUGUAUCCCCCCAAACUGGACAACAAAUCAAGUUGAGGAUCGUUGACUGAAGAAAGCAGCUUCCACCAGUUCAGUACAGGACGGACGAGGUUUUAAAUAAAAAACAGGGUAAUAGAGAGAUGGGGAUAGGGGUGUAACUCUGAUGUGACCCCGGCGUGACCCCAGCACGACCUGGCUCUCCAUCUGUUGUGCUGUCUGGGUUCAGCUCCGGUUCGUUCCGGAGGGAAGAACCAACCAAUCAGAAUGAAGAAAAGCCGCAGUGUUCUGACUCUGACUGGAGAAGAGGGUAAUGAGGCACCUGGAGGUGGGCAGAAGGCCGAGUCAGCAUGCUACAGCCGUUCUUACACAUCUGGCAGCACACUGGCAGCGGAGUUUCAACGAGGCCGAAAUAGAAGACUCUCUCCUAGCUUACAGGUACCAUGUUGGCUCCGCCCACGUGCACGCUCCCCUGAAGUUCUUAGCCUAAUGCCCCGCCCCACGACCCUGCCCCUUCGCGUCCCACCACGGAUUGCUAUCACACAUGCUGAUACAAACAGUGAAGUAGAGAAUGGGGUUUCUCCAUCAGAGCUCCAGGCCAGUCCGGCACUCAUGCUGCAUUCGUCUUUCCCUCAGUGUCAGAGGAGAGAGUCAUUUCUUUACCGUUCUGACUCUGACUACGACCUGUCACCCAAAACUGUCUCACGCAUCUCCUCCAUGGCCAGUGAAGGACACACUGCUGAAGAUUUCAUUGUCACCCCUUUUGCUCAGGUGCUGGCCAGCUUGCGCUCUGUCAGAAGUAAUUUCACAAUCUUGGCUAACUUCAACAGCUCCACUGUAAAGAGGUCACCAGUGAGUAAUCAGUCUUCAGGUCUUAGGACUUCACUUUCAGAUCAACAGUAUCAGCAGCUUACACUGGAGACUUUAGCAGAGUUGGACUGGUGUUUGGAUCAGCUGGAGACCAUUCAGACCCAUCGCUCUGUUAGUGACAUGGCAUCUAGCAAGUUUAAGAGAAUGUUGAACAGGGAGUUGUCUCACUUGUCUGAGAUGAGUCGUUCUGGCAACCAGGUGUCUGAAUACAUCUCCACCACGUUUCUAGAUCAGAAUGAAAUGGAGAUUCCAUCUCCCACUCUUAAGGAGAAACCUAUGAGUCACAUCAGUGGAGUGAGAAAACUCUCACACACACACAGCCUAGGAAGCACACCACUGCCUCGCUUUGGGGUCUCUACAGAACACGAGGACACUCUGGUAGAGGUAAUGGAGGAUUUGGAUAAGUGGAAGUUUAAUAUUUUUCGGGUGGCUGAACUUUCCAAUAAUCAACCUCUCAGCUGCAUUAUGUACUCCAUAUUCCAGGAGAGAGACCUUCUGAAGACCUUCCGUAUCCCUGUCGAUACAUUAGUUUCCUAUGUAAUGACACUUGAAGAUCAUUACCAUAGCAACGUAGCUUACCACAACAGCCUCCACGCUGCGGAUGUUACCCAGAGCAUUCAUGUGCUGCUCUCAACACCUGCUCUUGACGCUGUUUUCACAGAUUUAGAGGUCUUGGCUGCACUGUUUGCUGCUGCCAUUCAUGAUGUGGACCAUCCAGGAGUCUCCAAUCAGUUCCUCAUCAACACCAACUCAGAGUUGGCUCUGAUGUACAACGAUGAGUCUGUGUUGGAGAAUCACCACUUGGCUGUGGGUUUUAAACUCCUGCACCAGGACAGCUGUGAUAUCUUCCAGAACCUCAGCAAGAGACAGAGACAGAGUCUCCGCAAGCUCGUCAUCGAUAUGGUGUUGGCCACAGACAUGUCAAAGCACAUGACACUUCUGGCUGAUCUGAAGACAAUGGUGGAGACGAAGAAAGUGACAAGUUCAGGAGUACUGCUGCUGGAUCACUAUACUGAACGCAUACAGGUCCUUAGGAACAUGAUGCACUGUGCUGAUCUCAGUAACCCCACCAAACCACUGGAGCUGUACAGACAGUGGACACAGAGGAUCAUGGAGGAGUUCUUCAGACAAGGAGACAAAGAGAGAGAGAGAGGCAUGGAAAUCAGUGCCAUGUGUGACAGACACACAGCCUCUGUGGAGAAGAGCCAGGUGGGAUUUAUAGAUUAUAUAGUGCAUCCACUGUGGGAGACCUGGGGUGACCUGGUUCAUCCAGAUGCUCAGGAGAUUCUGGACACAUUGGAGGAGAACAGAGACUGGUACCAGAACACUGUACCACAGAGCCCCUCCCCACCCCCAGUCCAGGACAAAGGCCAACCAGAUCGGUUCCAGUUUCCCAUCUCCCUGGAUGAUGACACACACAACCACAAUCACACAUACACGCAUAAUAACACUCACACCAAACCAGAGGAGAUUAUUAGUAUUGAUCAGCAUGAGGGAGAAAUUGAGAGAGAGGGAGAGAAAGAGGAAGAAGAGAAAGAAGGAGAGAAAGAGGAGAAAGGAGUGUGA